AUGUCAGCAUCCACUUCGCAUGUGGUGAGUUCGGACGUCCUGCUGUCCCAAACACACCCUGCCGUGCCUGCGUCCACGGAUAAAAAGAAGCGGUACAAGUGGCGAAAGAGGAAGACCGCGCCGAAAACCUCGCUAUCUGUAUCAAAUCGCGCCUCUACGAACAGACAACAAACAGCAGAGGGAGGCUCUGCUACGGUAAUCUUUGAAGAGUUGAAUUUAUUGCCCCUACAACUGGAGACUGAAGGCCUUCCGUAUCAACAGCACGAGGCCACGAGCAAUGACUUGCCAUCUCACGUCGACGGCAUCACGAUCGACCGAGUGGAACAGUGGGGAACAGAGGUAAUACAUGACAACAUAGCCAGACUUGCCAUGCUUUCGGUCAGCCGCACCGACGUAAGAAUGGCCCUUCUCAACACGCCGCACAUGCUAGAGCAUGUCAGCGAGAAUUACUACUUUGGCCUGCCCCCUGCCAUUGCAAAUGCACCACUGCCGAACCACCAGUGGUGUGGCCGGCCAUAUCUGUUUGCAGGCACUAGCUUGGCACGCCUGGCCCUCAUCCACAAGUACAACCUGCAGGCUGAAGGCAAGCAUGUUGUCGGAUGUCAGGACGGCAGACACUGCACAUAUGAGGCAGCCCCGUUCGAGCUGUCCCAGGCAUACCUCUUUUUCUGGGACCGGCUGGAGAAGUGUGGGCAUUUUCUCGACCGGGCAGCAACGUGUCCAGAGAUGCUCCUUUGGACAGAUCCUCUGCCGGAAGGCGGGAGCUGGACGCUUGUCCAGCGACUUGUAGAAAAGUACGGUCUGCUCCCUGCCGACGUGUAUCCCGGCAGUGCCGCAUUCGCAGCAGCACCUCACACGCUCGACCAGUUGCUGGCCACGACUUUGCGGGAGAAUGCUGCGCACUUGAUGGGCGUGGCCGAGGACGGCGUGGCUGCUGCGAAGGAGGCUGCCCUCGCUGCGGUCUUCCGCAUUCUGGCCAUCGUCAUGGGCGGACCGCCACCGUCUCCGCGAAGAGAAUUCACGUGGCACCUCGUCACUGCGGCUGAACAGGCGAUGACGAUCCGCUGCACGCCGCGCAUGUUUGCACAGGACCUCACAAGUCUGCAUUUCCCUCACGCCCAAGAAGGUUUGCUUUCACGGCUUGUCUGCAUCGCACACGACCCGCGCAACAGCGAGGGCGCCCAGCUGAUUGUUGGCCAGACGGGGGGACAGACGGAUCCGCACUCGCUCUUCCGUCCACACUCCCUUCUCAACACUAGCAUGGCCGACUUCAAGAUGGCCUGCGAGUGCAUGCUGAAGGCCGGCUAUCCCGUCUUCAUCGGCUGCGAUGCCGGUCGGGCCAACAGCCACGCGGACGUGGGACUGCUAGACGUGCACGCCGCCAACUUUGAGCUUGCCUUUGGCAGGGCCGGAUCUGGUUAUGGCCAAGUCUCGAUGCCGCCACUGCCACGGCUAUCCAAAGCAGACCGGCUGCGUACUGGCGACAGCCGCAUGACCCAUGCGCUGGUAGUGACAGGUAUCGACGUGGAGGCACAGGGCAGCCAGAUGCAGCAGCACGUCAGAUCGCGGCGAUGGCGCGUUCAGAGGACGCUGCGAACAUGUGCCAGCGGCCAUGACAGCGUGCCUGCCGACAGCAUGCUGAUGACGGACGCCUGGAUGGAGGAGUUUGUGUAUCUGGCGGUGGUGGACCCGUAUGUGCUGCCAGAACGGCCGAUGGGAGCGACGAUGGCAUCUGCUUCGUCACCGAGCAGUCCGUUCCGUCCAUAUCGCGGGCUAUCGUCCAGGGCGGCGACUCUGGUGCGCACGACAACGGGCACAGAAGAGGAGCGGGAGGCGUUUGCGGAGUCGACGGAGACCGUCGUGCUGACGGCAUCCGAUCCCAUGGCUGCGUUGCUGAUCUGA